UUCUCGUCGCUCCUUUGCAUUGCUUUGUUGCAGAUUGCAUGACACUUCAGCGUCGAGCCUGCGGAGUAUCCGGUAACUUGUGGUUGCAUCCUAGGUGGUGAUAUCACACACGAGCAUAAGGCAUAGCAAGAGUCAGCACGGGAACAGCCUAUGGCGGACAAGCGCAACAGCGUCGCGGGGAAGGUUGCGACGCCAAACCUCAAAGUUGGUGGUGGCUCUACCAAGGAUGUGAUUGAUGUGGAUUCGAACCUGUACAAGGCCGUCGGAUCGCGGUAUAUCACAUGCGCCCCGAACAACAAUGUCCUUGAGGGCACCCUCUUCACAGCCCUGCAACCUCACCAACGCAAUUGCUAUCAACACGGCGCCAGCCCCGCCAAACCCUUUCGGCACCUCUCGCCAGCCAGCCAGGGGACUACCACAUCAUUCCCUUUGCACACAUCGUGUCAUUCGAGAUAG